CUCUCUGACGAAGCUGAGGCCCCAGCCCUGGACCCUCCGGCGCAGCAGACACCCCCGGCCCGGGGACCUCGGACCCCGGGGCUCAGGAGGACUGAGCCGGGACAGAACCGAAGGUGCCAUGGGGCCUUCCGAUCUCCCCGGCCAUCUCCCAAGUCUGAACAGGCUGAUGGGGCCAGUGAGGAGCCCUUGAAUGUUUCCAUUCAGAAACUGAAGGAGAGGCGGGACAUGCUGGACAGUGAGAUUGCCCGCUUAAUGUCUGCGGGCUACAAUGUGAGGGAACUGGAGGGCCACAUCACCCUGCUGCACGAAUACAACGACAUCAAGGAUGUAGGGCAGAUGCUGCUGGGCAGGCUGGCUGUGAUCCGAGGUGUCACCUCCAAGGAGCUGUAUCCAGAAUUUGGUCUAGACAUGGAUGACUAAACCAAGUCUUGCAGACUUUUGUCCAGGACCCACAAGGUCAGGCCAAUGGGGACAUGAGAAGCAGAGUCCUGCGACCACACUUACAUGAUUUCCAGAGAGAAUGUUAGAAGCCCAAAGUUUUCUAAGAACCCAAGCUAUGAUGGGGAUGGAUACUAAAGGGGUGGAGGGAGGGGUAUUCCCAGUCCCCAGGGUCCUAAGUGUCCCUGUGGUACUGUGAAUGGGCUAUGUAUCUGCUUUGUUAAUAAACACUUGAGUAAUCUCUUA